AUGAGCCUCGCCUCUAUCGUCGUUGUCAGUGCAGACUUCGCCGGUCGAGAGUUUGUCCCGUAUGCGAAAUUGCUAUGCGAGAAGAAGUUGCUACGCCAUGUUGUCAUGGACGAGUGUCAUCUGAUCUUCACGUCUAGCAAUUGGCGCCCCAAGCUGGCGGCAUUGAGGAAUCUCCGUGUUCUGUCUUGCCCAAUCAUACUGCUUACGGCUACACUUCCGCCAGUGUAUGAACAGGAACUGAACAGCAUGAUGGACAUUCGAUAUGCAACAUAUAUCCGAGCAAGCACUGUGAGACCGAACAUUCGAUACAUGGUAAGCUGGUGCAAGAGCUGGGAAGGACAGGCGACAGCUGUGUCAAUGUGUCGGCGGCAGCAAGGUCGGCUCAAGAACGGGCUGAAGGGCAUUGUAUAUUGCAACAGCAAGGCACAAUGUGCAGAAAUUGCGGAUGAGCUCGGUUGCUUAUACUAUCAUGCAGAUGUAAUAGACCGUGCAGAGCGUGUGAAGACUUGGGAGGAGAAAGGAGGGUUCAUCACGGCAACGUCAGCGCUUGGGACAGGAGUAGACUUUCCCGGCGUUGUAUUCGUUCUGCAUGUGGGUGUACCGUGGAGUAUGAUCGACUACGCUCAAGAGAGUGGGCGAGGAGGGCGUGCAGGAGAAGUAACAGACUCUGUGAUCAUUGUUGAGGAGGGCGCUUUAGAGCGAAGACUAGCAAAUAGCGGCGGAUCAGCGGAUGUUCAUGCGAUUGGGCAUUUCAUACAGACUAAUAGCUGUAGGCAUGGCGCGAUAAGCGAGUACUUGGACGGAAACAGAGUCGAGUGUGGCAAUGUAGACUCAACAGGAUGCGAUCGAUGUGGGGAAGGGGCAGCAGAGUGGCAUGAGUCGAAUUCACGCUGGGGCUGGGAACGGGACAGGAUACAGACAGUGCUGGAUGAACUGACGAGAGGAUGUGCAGUGUGCUGGGUCAUAGGUGAUUCGAUACUACCGGCGGAGGGUGACUUCUGGGCUUCACAUGACACACGGGACUGUAGGCGAUAUGAGGGGAUGACAGACAGUGGAUUAAAGCAGUUUCGAAGCUUGAUACGAUAUCACGCGGAUACUCACAGUUGUAUGAAGUGCGGCAUCAGUCAAGUGUACUGUGCGACGGGCGACGAUAUCAGAGAGAAGUGCCAGUGGGGGUUUGUAUUGACACCCGUGGUUCGAUCGGCAAUUGCGAUAUAA